AUGCCACCACAAUCCGAAGGAACCGACUUGUCCAAACGGAGUUGUAUCCGAUGCAAUCGCCGAAAAGUGCGCUGCGAUCGAAAACACCCCUGCAAGCAAUGCCUCCAAGCUAAGGCCGAAUGCAUCCAUCCGGGAAACAAACGAGCACCACGGAAACUGAGCCGGCUGCCAAUUGCGGCGCUGCGCUCUCGUCUACAGCAGCUCGAAGAGGAAGUGGAGCGGUUACAGGCCGGUGGUGGGCAAUCUGUGUUGAGGUCUCGAUCGGCCGAUGAAGCUGAUCAGCGACAGCCACUGCAUGUCGAGGCCAAACGGCUGCGCGGUAUGUUGGUGGUUCAAGAUGAGACUAGAGCUCGCUAUGUAGGGGACGAAGCGUCUGUUGUUUUGAGAGAUAAGGACAGGGAGCAUCCCGGGUCGGAAUCAGAGUUGGGCGUCGACGCUGGUCGCAUGGAUCCACUUCAACCUCUCCAGAUGGAGAUGCUAUGGCAGGUCUAUAAGUCAAACGUUGCGCCCAUGAUAACGGUCCUGCACACCCCCUCGAUCGAGUCCGUCAUCCGUGACACUUGUGCUAAGCCCGAUGUUGAGCUAGACCCAGGAUCGAGCGCGCUCCUUCGAGCGGUCUUCUUCGCGGCAAUGGUGAGCAUGGAUCCAGCCAAUUGCUGGUCGGUCGUCGGUGAAGAGUGCAAUGUCUGCCUGCGCGAGUUCCGGCUUGCUGUAGCACGAUCUCUAGCAAAGGCCAACCUAGUCAGUUCCGACGACGUCCGGGUUCUGCAGGCCGCGGUUGUAUAUCUGCUAUGUGUGCGCUGCGGAUGCGAUUCCGAACAGGUAUGGGUGGAAGCAGCAAUCGUGGUACACGUGGCGCAACGACAGGGGAUCCAUCGCGACGGUCAAAACCUCGGACUGAGUCCGUUUGAUAUCGAAACGCGGCGUCGAUUAUGGUCAUACAUCUGCAUGUUGGACAUCCUGUACUCCGAAGACCAGGGGACUGACACUCAAAUUCGACCGGAGAUGUUCGACACGAGACCUCCACUGAAUAUUGACAGCGAUGACCUUUCGUCUAAUAUGGCCGAAUUGCCCCCUCCCCAGGCUGGGCUUACUGAUAUUACAUUAUGCAUCAUACAGUACGAGAUAAUGACCCAUCUGUCUUGGACCGACAAAUCUUUUGGUUUGGAAGAGCAUCAGUCAACCUGGACAGAUGAACAAACCCCCUUAUCCAAGCUAGCAGCCAGUCUCGGGGAACGGUAUCUACACAAGUUUGAUCUGAAGAUUCCAAUUCAGUGGGUAACGGCUGUGAUCUUUCGUCUCACCCUAUCCAAAGCAUCGUUGGUCAAUCGUCUUUCUAAAGCAGCGAUGGAUAAAGAGCCCACUGCCACAGACGACGAAAUCUUCAGUCUGGCGGUGGAGAUCUUGAAGUUUUCCAGUCUGCUGCAGAACAAUGAAAUGUCGGCACCGUGGGCGUGGCUCUGCAGAAGCUACAAGCAGGAACAUGUCAUGGCCCUGAUCCUCUCUCAGCUCUGUUCUCGACCUAUAUCGGCCGAAACAGACCAUGCGUGGGACUUGGUGAAGGGGGUCUAUGACGAAUGGGAACAAGGGACACAGAAAACCAAUUCCCAGAUGCAGGAGCCUGUGUCGCGGCUUAUGGAGCGCGCCAGUAUCUCGAGGAGACUAAGAGGAGCUGUCGAGUGA